AUGGGAGAAACGUCGUCGGCGCCGCGUUUCGCGGCGGGGCAUCAGGCCCAGCUUCAACAUGACGGAAGCCCUUGGGAAAACCCGAGCGCGCAUUCCACGGCGGAUAUGAUCGUGUCUCCGCCGGCGACGGCUUAUCUCCGCCCGAUCCGCUUCGGCACGCCGCUGGUGCGUCCUUCUAGCGCGGGGAGCUCCCGCGGGGGCAGUUCUGCCGGCGGCGGGAGUUUCCGCGCGCAGCGCGGCGACGCGUCGCCGCCUACGUUUAAUAUCCCGUUAACUACCACUCACACGCAGAAGCAGCGUUGGCCGGACAGCCACGGCGCCCAAACCCUAAGGGCGUGGCUCCAACGAACCAGCAGCUCAGGCUCGGGAUCUGGUUCGGAAGGCAAAGCAGCACAAGACCACGGGGCGCUGCAGCGCUGCGCUUCGGCGCCGCACGAGCGCAACGGCGGCGGCGUGAAUUCCGACGGCGCGCCGCGCGGCGGCGGUGGCGAAGCGCGCGAAAUAGCGGCGGCGCUACAAUCUGGCGGGGGCGGCAGCGGGAUGCAGCAGGAAACCGAGGAGGAGCGCUCUAUAAAGCGCCGGCUUCUAAACCGCGAAUACGCGAAGCGGUCGCGGCAGCGGCAGCACGAGCGCUUCGUGGAGCUCGAGGCGCAGGUGAAUUCUAUGGCGGCGGAGAAACGCGCCGCGGACCAGCGGCUUCAGGAGAUGGAACAAGCGCUGAUGAUCCUCCAGGAGGAAAACGCGCGGCUGCGGCAGAUUGCCGCGGGGCGCUACAACCGCGACAUGGCGGAAAUACUGCGCGCGAUACAACAGGCGGGGGGAUUUCCCGCGGAGGCGGCGGCGGGGCUUUCCGCCGCGGGAGGGUUUCCCCCGGGAGGGUUUGCGGCGCCAGUAGAGCCUCCGCAAACGGGUUUCGCGCCCGACGCUCGUGGCGCUCGCGGUUUCCUAGAGGAGGGCGCGUCCGCUCCCGCCUCCGGUUCCGCCGCCGCCGCCGCAGCAGCAGCAGCGCGAGUAGAUUUGCGUUUUAAUGCCGCGGGCGCGUUUCCCGGUGCGAGCAGCUAUCAGGGGAUCGAACUCGCGGGGACAGACACUGAGACAGCGAUUGGGGGGAACUGGCCGCGCAGUGCUUCCGCCCCUGCGCCUGAACACGUGAGCGGAGGAGCCCAUGCUCCGCAAGCGCCAGGUAGAGGGAGGGGGACAUUCCCCCUCCCUCCGCCUGCACUAGCUUCCUCGGCGUGUUUAGGGUUUGGUGCUGCUGACGUGGAUAUUUCCCUGGGAGCAGAUGAGGACACGGCUGCUUUGCUGGCUGUGGCUGGGCUUGUAGGGGGGAAUGGGGGAAGUGGGGAGAGAGUUAGGCUGGGUGGGGCGAAGGAGGGAGCAGAACUGGGGAAUGGGAUGGAGGAUGUGGGAGGGGUGGGAGGAGGGGGAGGAGGGGAAGGAGGGGAAAGGGUGGAGGGGUCGAGCUGCGGAGCGGUGGGGGGGGGUGCGGGGGAGUGGAAUGAGCACGAAGGGACCCUGUUUGCUAUGAUCCAUCACCUACACAAGCAGCUGUGA